AUGUCGGCCACAACCUCCAACUUUUUUCCUUUGGCGACCGAGACUUAUUUCCCAGACACCCCCGGCGAUGCCAGUUCGUCUGGAAACGGGGUCGAUACCGAGGCCGGGGCCUCUGGCGACAGCCCCGGGGCGGUCAACCUGUCCCACGAAGCCAUGAUUGCCAUCAUCGUGGUUGUCUCUGUAGUUGGCGCUCUCGGAAUCGGCAUGGCCGUGUUGUUCUACGUAGCCAAGAAGCGUGAAUGGAAAAUCCGGGAGACCAUGCGCAAGUCUGCCAGGAAAGUCGUUACUGCUCUCACGCCGCGGAGGACCGAGUUUCCCAGAUCCGUCAAGGAGUCUUCAUCCCCGCCACGCAGCCACCGCGGCCGCGCGAGACUGGCUGAUGACGUGCCGCCGACACCCAGACUUCGGCCAGAGGAUCUCGAAAAAGGCCUCGCACAGGCCGAGUCGAAGCGCAAGUUGAUGAGAUGGGGUCGCAAAUGA